UGGGGGGCGUGGCGUGCGCAGGCGCAGAGCGCGGGGCCGGGCGCAGCAUGGCGGGCCCGGGGUUGGUGGCGGGCGAUGUGGUCGUGGAUGCGCUGCCCUACUUCGACCAGGGCUACGAGGCGCCGGGCGUCCGUGAGGCGGCCGCGGCGCUGGUGGAGGAGGAGACGCGGCGGUACCGGCCGACGAAGAAUUACCUCAGUUACCUGCCGGCGCAUGACUACAGCGCCUUCGAGACCGAGAUCAUGCGGAACGAGUUCGAGCGCCUGGCGGCCCGGCAGCCCCUGGAGCUGCUCAGCAUGAAGAGGUACGAGCUACCGGCCCCGUCCUCCGGCCAGAAGAACGAUAUCACGGCGUGGCAGGAGUGUGUGAACAACUCCAUGGCGCAACUGGAGCACCAGGCGGUCCGCAUUGAGAACCUGGAGUUAAUGUCGCAGCAUGGUUGUAACGCUUGGAAGGUGUACAACGAACAUCUGGUUCAUAUGAUAGAACAAGCCCAGAAGGAGCUUCAGAAGUUGAGGAAAAACAUUCAAGAUCUGAACUGGCAACGAAAGAACAUGCAGCUCACAGCUGGGGCUAAGCUACGAGAAAUGGAAUCUACAUGGGUCUCUCUUGUCAGUAAAAAUUAUGAGAUUGAACGAACUAUUGUGCAGCUAGAAAAUGAAAUUUCACAAAUCAAACAGCAGCACGGGGAAGCAAACAAGGAGAAUAUCCAGCAAGACUUCCAGUGACUUCAUCCUUACUGUCUUACCGCAGCAUACACUAAAAAAAAAAAAAGAAAACAAAAAACUUUGGGUAUGCUAUGUGUUUGUAGACACCUCUAGUCGCAGUUGCGUAAGGUGAUAUAAAAGUAUUUUCGCUGUUUGUUUUCCUUGUUUUAAAUUCAAGGAGGAGGCAGGGUAGACUCAAAAUGUCCCCUUCAAACGUAUUAUGGGUGCAGUUAAAUGUACUGUGAAUUGCUUUGGUUUUUAUAUACCUAAAGUAGGAGCUCUUAAAAACCCCAAGUUUCAUGUUUUUGCGUUUCCCCCUAUGCCUUUAAUAAAUGGUGGUUUUGCUAUC